CAGUGUUCCUGCCUCGUGCCCGUCUACUUUCCCCACUUCCUUCUUUCCCACGGUUCAUAUCCGACUCGAAUUCAAUCGAAAUCCCUACCUAUAUCUUCUACUGUUUCGUUGUGAGGGUGAUGGAAGGCCUGAAUUGGGAGGCGGCGGAGACGGAAGGAGAGCAAGGCCACCAAGCCAUGGAUUUGGAGAUGACGACCUCGGGUAAACAAUCCAGAGGCAUCGGCUGCGUUCUCGAUUUCAUCGAGGAGAAUCCUAUAGGGGUGACAAUCUUCCCGGCUUCCCUCUUACCACCGCUCCAUGCUGACGACGGUGGUGCGAGAAGCGGCGGCGGCGGCGGCUGUGUUCUACUCGAUCUCAAAGCCUACAUCGCCGACUUCACCAACGAGACGACCGCCAAGGAUUUCACAAGCGCCGGCCACGAGAUGCAGGCCACCCUUCGCGUCGCCUGUCCGCCACGCGUUUCCCACCUCUGCAUCCACUGCCCCACCCUCAAGCCGGCUGAUUUCGGGACGGAGCCCGUCAUCCUCGCCGCGUGCGACGGCUUCCUCCUCUUCAGAGCGGCCAUCUGCAACUCCUACCACUGCGAUGAGCCAACAUUGCAGGACUACUUCGUCUACCGGGCACCGCUCUCCAGGAUGCAUGGCCGGCCGUCGCUCACGCGCCUCCCACGACCUGACCUCUCCUCUUGCUUCGUCAGAUGCAAUGUUGGCCUCCUGCGCUACGAUGGUGGCGACAGCGGCAGCAACAACGACGACGAUGGCGGCAGCCUCGCCCUGCGCUCCCACUACAUUCCCCAGCAUCACUACGUCGUCGCCGGCCUCCGAGCUUCCCAAGGUGGGAGGGGUGACUUCACACGAUACGAUCUCCACCGCUUCGACUCAAGAGACGGGAAGUGGACCACCGAGGUGCUGCAGCUCGGACCCAUGGCGCCAUCGCCGGGCCUGACCUUCUUCUACCACAUGACGCACAAGGUGGUCACGCUAGGCGGCGGCGUCAUGGGCUGGGUCGACCUUUGUCGAGGCAUCCUGCUCUGCGACGUGCUUGCUGACCGCCCGCAGCUCUACUACACCCCUCUCCCCGAGCCUGGCAAGCAUGAGCUGCUGUCAGAGGCCUCCGCGAAUGUGUUCCGUGACAUUGCCGUUGUCCAAGGUGGCCACAUCCGGUGCGUGGAGCACCAAACUCAGGUCAGGCCGGGGUCUCAUAGCAAUGGCACGUACAUCUCCGACAACUGGACGCUCACCACAUGGAGCUGGAAGGUCACCAACCCCAGCUGCUCUACCCUCCCUUUGGAGGGGCGCUGGGAGAGGGACUGCAAGAUCGAUGCUUCCCAUAUCUCAGGCUCACUGCCUAAGCUGCUGGGACAAGCUGCUUCUCUGCCACCAUUGCAGCAGCUGCACACAGGCCAUCCCACGCUGAGCUUGGACGACGAUGAUGUGGUCUAUGUCGUGGCCAAGGUCGACCAUCGGGACGACAAAGCGUUUGUGCUUGCUGUUAACAUGUGGAAUGGCGCGCUGCAAGCAGCAGAUUACUUUGGAGCUGAGAGAAUGAUAGGUAUAAGUUUCACCUACACACAGUACAGGCCAUCGGACUACGCCGAAAUCACUACAGGUUAAAUGGGGAAGCAUAAAAGGAGGCUAACUAAGAUGCCUGGACUUGGUAUGAUGGACUUCGACAAUUUAGAGAUGAUUGGAGGUACAAACUAGUCAUGGGAUCUGUUGGACUUAAUUUCACAAGAGAGUAUUCUGAGUGUGGGCUAUUUAGGGAUGUAGGAGCUUGCUGAUUAAGUCCAACUGCAUAUAUUAUGUAACUGCAUGUAUUAUUCGUCGGCGAUGUUUGUACAUGCACGCUAAUUCUGGUUAUAUAUCGUUGUAUCUGAAUAUGGACCAACCCUGUUGUCAAAGUGGCUCCUGCUGAAGAUUGUUGCCACAUGAAAGAGUGUCCUGACACAGUGCUACUCUGAUUCAGUUCAGAGAGCAGGUUGUUCCAAAAUUUUUGGAGAUUAACCUCCCUUCCACAUCGAUUUUGAUGGCCAGUCGGUCGCUUGGUAGCGAGCGAAUCACUUGUCGACAAUUGAUGAA